AGGAGAAGAGAGGAGAGGAGAGGGAGAGAGGAAGGGAGGAAAGACACACGCAAGCACAGGCACACCGGCACUGGAAUUCCAUUAGAAAAAGUGAGCCGAGCAAGGGAUAGCGGGAGAAGAUUUUUUUAAUUUUGAAUCUUUUUCUUCGUCUUGGUGCCAAAGAAGCGACUCUGGUCUUCCGUCCUAGAAGCUCUACUGGAUUGAUCCCAUCCGUCGGUGGAUUUCUUUCCUAUUUGCAUUUAUUCUGACCCCCUCCCUCGCUGCUUUCUUCCAGCCCUUCACUUUCAGAUCGCCUCGCCCCCACCUCUCCAGUCCCCUCCUGGGAAGUGCAGGGGAAUUGGACCCACGGGGACUCACGCCUUCCCGGCCGCGGGAGCGAAGGGCUGGGCUGACCUCAGGACCAGGCUGUUGGCUUAGAAGGCAGCCAGACACAUAGCUACGUGUGUUUGAUUUCAGUGGCAAGGGGGGGGACGUCGAGAGGCAGCCCACCGCCCGCCUCCCACCCCUCCCCCUCCAGCCAGCAGCGAGAAUCCCUGGACUCGGGAUCUUCAACCGGCGGCCGCCCGGCGGGAUCUCCGCAUUGGAUUUGGGGGUCGUUAUCAUUGCUUGGCUGUUAUUAUUACCGUUGUUAUUUUAUUUUUAUUUUUUUAAACCUAAGGGAGAAAGACACAUACACACAAAACUGUGGGAUUUAUUUAACAUGAUCUUGGCAAACGCCUUCUGCCUCUUCUUCUUUUUAGACGAAACCCUCCGCUCUUUGGCCAGCCCUUCCUCUCUGCAGGGCUCUGAGCUCCACGGCUGGCGCCCCCAAGUGGACUGUGUCCGGGCCAAUGAGCUGUGUGCGGCUGAAUCCAACUGCAGCUCCAGGUACCGCACCCUUCGGCAGUGCCUGGCAGGCCGGGAUCGCAAUACCAUGCUGGCCAAUAAGGAGUGCCAGGCGGCCCUGGAGGUCUUGCAGGAAAGCCCACUGUAUGACUGCCGCUGCAAGCGGGGCAUGAAGAAGGAGCUGCAGUGUCUGCAGAUCUAUUGGAGCAUCCAUCUGGGGCUGACGGAGGGUGAGGAGUUCUAUGAAGCUUCGCCCUAUGAGCCUGUGACCUCCCGCCUCUCGGACAUCUUCAGGCUCGCUUCAAUCUUCUCAGGGACAGGGGCAGACCCGGUGGUCAGUGCCAAGAGCAACCACUGCCUGGAUGCCGCCAAGGCCUGCAACCUGAACGACAACUGCAAGAAGCUCCGCUCCUCCUACAUCUCCAUCUGCAACCGUGAGAUCUCUCCCACCGAACGCUGCAACCGCCGCAAGUGCCACAAGGCCCUGCGCCAGUUCUUCGACCGUGUGCCCAGCGAGUAUACCUACCGCAUGCUCUUCUGCUCCUGUCAGGACCAGGCAUGCGCCGAGCGUCGCCGGCAAACCAUCCUGCCCAGCUGUUCCUAUGAGGACAAGGAGAAGCCCAACUGCUUGGACCUGCGCAGCCUGUGUCGUACAGACCACUUGUGCCGGUCCCGCCUGGCAGACUUCCACGCCAACUGUCGAGCCUCCUACCGGACAAUCACCAGCUGCCCUGCGGACAACUACCAGGCAUGUCUGGGCUCCUAUGCUGGCAUGAUUGGGUUUGAUAUGACACCGAACUAUGUGGACUCCAACCCCACGGGCAUCGUGGUGUCUCCCUGGUGCAAUUGUCGUGGCAGUGGGAACAUGGAAGAAGAGUGUGAGAAGUUCCUCAAGGACUUCACAGAAAACCCAUGCCUCCGGAAUGCCAUUCAAGCCUUUGGCAAUGGCACAGAUGUGAACAUGUCUCCCAAAGGUCCCACAUUUUCAGCUACCCAGGCCCCUCGGGUAGAGAAAACUCCUUCACUGCCAGAUGACCUCAGUGAUAGCACCAGCCUGGGGACCAGUGUCAUCACCACCUGCACAUCUAUCCAGGAGCAAGGGCUGAAGUCCAACAACUCCAAAGAGUUAAGCAUGUGUUUCACAGAGCUCACGACAAAUAUCAGCCCAGGGAGUAAAAAGGUGAUCAAACUUUACUCAGGCUCCUGCAGAGCCAGACUGUCGACUGCCUUGACUGCCCUCCCACUCCUGAUGCUGACCUUGGCCUUGUAGGCCUUUGGAACCCAGCACGAAAGUUCUUCAAGCAACCCAGAUACGAACUCCCGCCUGACAAAAUGGAAACACACACACACACACAACACACACUGAAAGACAUAUUCUCUCUCUUUCUCUCUCU